AAGCUUUAAGGAGCAUAAGGUUGCAUUUGGGUCAGGAGGAGCAACUGAUACGCAGCGAGCAUGGCUCCGAGCAACAGCUGUGCGCUCCACAAGGAAGCAGAGAGACUGCCAGGAAAGGAAAAGAAUAAGCUGAGGAAGCCGGUGGUGGAGAAAAUGCGCCGCGACCGGAUUAACAACAGCAUCGAGCAGCUGAAGGUCCUGCUGGAGAGAGAGUUCCAAAGGCAUCAACCCAACUCAAAGCUGGAGAAAGCGGACAUCUUGGAAGUGGCUGUCAGCUACCUUCAGCAGCAGCAACAAAUACAGAGGCAUGCAUGUGGCCAAAAGAAUCCAGAAUUCGAUUUCAACACCGGCUACCUGCGUUGCUUGAGAGAAGCGAUGCAUUUCCUCUCCUUAUGCGAACCCAAGAAGGAAACCCAAGCCCAGCUGCUCAGGCAUUUCUGCAAAGUCCGUGUGUCCGCAGAGGGUGCCAAUCCAAGCGCGGCCAUCAUGCGCUGCCUGCCACCGUCUCCAUCUGCUUGCCCUCCGUCCAAACCAAAGCCAGCAAGCAAAAACCCAUCCAAUAUGACUGCGGCCAUUUGGAGACCAUGGUAGAGGCAUGGCUGCAUCUUCCAAGUCAUGCUUUCCAAAAAUCCAAGUCAAUGAACAAAUCCAGGGCCAUCUUUGCUAUCGUAGUCCCUCUUUGAAAAGCAGGAAACCUUGGGUUUCCUUGCAAGGAGGUGAUGGUGCUUUUCUGUAGCAAGAAAUAUUCGAGGUUGUAAAGUCAAUUUUCCUUCAUAGUGAAGGGUUUUAGUGCCUGCAUCUUGCAGGAGGUUGUCCGCUCGCAUGAGUUGCUUUGACAGCGUCUUCUCCUUCGCAAGGCAAAAAAGGCAAAACAGAACAAAACCCAGUUGGUUUUGCUGCAAAGAUCCAUUUGCAAAGACUUGAGCAGCAUCUGUGAAAAGGCUGAAGGAACUGGACUCUGUUUGUGAUGUCUCUCGGAGAGAAAAAAUGUAGUUUGGAUCAAAGUAUUUAUCUAUGGGCUUCCGCUGUGCAGUCCCUUUGCGGACAGAUAUUUGGGAAGGGGCCCAGACAAAACCUCCGUGGUAUCCAGUAGAAAAUAGCCUUUAGAGAGAAAAUAAGGAAAAUGUGAUCCCACAAGUGUUAGGAUCUUGUGCCAUCCCCUUUUCGUUUUUACUCUUUUGAGAGUCCCUUUCCAAAGUUAGUACAGUACUGUCUUGUUUAAAGAGAGGUUCUGCUUGAUCUGUGUGCGCUUCUCUCGUUUUUGAGAGAGAACUGGGUGCCUUUUGUAAAGGAAAACUUGUAUGUUUAAUGGGGAAGAAACAACAUGUGUUAUAAUUGUUCGAUUUGAAUGGUAUGAAAUGCUUUUAUAAAGUGGUGCCUUUAUCAUGUGGUAUUGAAUGUGAUCUGACGGCUAUCGUAAUAAAGAAAGGAAGAAAUAAGCUUCA